AUGGAUUUUCAACAUCGAGCAGGUGGUAAAACUGGUAGUGGUGGUGUUGCUAGUGGUUCGGAAUCGAAUCGUGAUGGACGCGAACGACUCCGUCAAUUGGCUCUUGGAACAAUUAAUCUUGCUAAAGAUCCUUAUUUUAUGAAAAAUCGUUUGGGAACAUAUGAAUGUAAACUUUGUUUAACGUUACAUAAUAAUGAAGGUUCUUAUUUGGCUCAUACACAAGGAAAAAAACAUCAAUCAGAUUUUGUUAAUCAAUUAAUCAAAAAUUUUCAAUUACCACGAUAUAAAAUUGUUAUUCAAACUAUGAUUGGUCAAAAAUAUGAACAAACUUUACGUAUUGGAUCACGUUGUUUAUGGGAUCCAAAAACAGAUAAUACAGUAUCAGUUAAUUAUGAAACGAAAGAUAUGAUUGCUGUUGUGAUUGUUCAUGCUAUAUAUUUUGAGUAA